UCAGCUUUCGCAUCACAUCAUGCAGCGUAUUCGUCUGCUUCUAUUCGCUUGGCUGACAUUUGCCGCUGCGCAGGAGAUCAGCAUAGAGAAGCAGAGGCUUACGGUGCCCCAUGGCAGUCCUGGUCCACAGGACGGUCGCAUUGUGGGUGGCUGGGAGACAAAAAUCACACACUUUCCGCAUCAGGUCUCAGUGCAGAUGGGCACCCGUCAUAUCUGUGGCGGCACCAUAUUGGCGCCCAGCAUUGUGCUCACCGCUGCUCAUUGCGUGCUGAAGUCGAAUGAGCCGCAACUCUAUGCCAUACGCGCCGGCUCAACCCAGUGGUCAACUGGUGGCAGCUACGUGCGCGUUCGUCGCAUCAUUCCCCACGAGCAAUUCAACUCGCCCACGCACAUGAACAACGACAUCGCUUUGGUGCAGCUGCAACAACCGCUUAAUUAUAGCCUCAACAUACAGCCUAUUCAGUUCGUCGCGCCGACGGACAAUUUGGCCGCACAGGCGCAGCUCUUUGUCAGCGGCUGGGGCUCAACAGCUGUCGAGCAAAUGUCGACUGCAUCGCGCCUGCAUUACACAGUUAUUGUUCAGCUGGAUCGCCAGAUUUGUACUCAGAACUAUUUUGGUGCCGGCACCGUAACCAACACCAUGUUCUGUGCAGGCAGCAAGUCCGGACUUGGAGAUCGCGACAGUUGCAUGGGCGAUUCUGGUGGUCCAUUGAUUGUUCAAAUUGCUGGUCGCUUCAAACUGCUCGGCAUUGUAUCCUGGGGCUUGGGCUGCGCAAAUGCCCAGUAUCCGGGCGUUUAUACGCUUGCACCUGCCUAUGGCAACUGGUUGUUGCAGACAGUUAAGACACUGACCUAGUCUUAUUUUUAUGUGUUAAGUUUUUGCAUUAAUGUGCACAAUUCUGUAUAUACAAUUAGGGAAACUAGUUUUGUAAAAGCAAGUUUAGCUUACCUUCAAUGAAAUUUAAUUAUUUGCUUUUAAGUAUGUACAUAAAUAUGUAGCUUCUCUUAAUAA